AUAACUAAACUAGUCUUAGCCGACUAAUGACAAUGACCCAGAAGAUACAUUUCUCCGCAAAACUCCAAACAAGAAACCUCUAAUUUCAAAUCCUGCAGAAAAAUCUUGUUUAGUUUGAGAAUGGAAAGGAAGAGUACAAAUAGGUGAAUCCAACAGGACUUACACUCUCCUGUCUUUGGUAGGCAUAGGUAAUAUGUUGUUUGUUGGUUUCUUUUUGUGGGUGUCUUUCUCUAUCUUUUAAUUGCUUGUAAUCCCCGUCCAAGACGAAUUUAGUGAAUAAACAAACGGGUUUUUUUGGGAGUUUUGCUUGCAGUCAAUCUUUCCCUUUUCUUCUUCCGGUUCAUUUCCUCCUCAUUUCUUCUCCUCUGAAUUCUUGAACUUUCUCUCAUGCUGAAUUCUUGAAUUCAUUGAUUUUUGCUGUAUAAAGACACGCGCUCACUUAUAUAUAGUAAGUUUCUUCUUGAUUUUAUCCUCAAUUUCUUCUCUCUGUUCAUUUGUUUCUUGUUAAUCUUUAAUUGAUUUGAAUUCUGUAUAUCUACGCUUUCCUCUCUCAAUUGCUCUAUUCCAUUUUUUUUUUUCCAUCUAUUGAAAUCUGGAAUUCUUGUUAAUUAGUUCUUGAUAUUCAACCCCGGCAAGAAAAAAAAAAUGCAAACAUGUGAGAGCAGAAGCUUGUCUGAGCUUGUAACCGAGUUACAGGCCUCAGCAGAAGAGGUUGCCUCACUGGCAAAGAACUCCGAAUCCGAUAAAGAAGUUUUUACUGAAUUUGCAGCUCUGCUUGAGAAGUUCACACCAGUUCUCAUAGAAUUAAAAGAAAAUUGUAAGGUCAUGGAUAGACCACCAGUUAGAAAAGCAGUUGAAUCACUUGAAAAGGAGCUUAGGGGUGCCAAGGAGUUGAUUAAAAGCACUGGUUCACGAUCACCCAUUAAGCAAAUGGAAUACAUGACUCAAGAUCUUGGGAGAUCUUUAGGCCUUGUGCUCUUUGCUAGUAUUGAUGUGUCUCCAGAAAUCAAAGACAAGGUUGCAGCACUGCAUAAAGAAUUGAUGAAUGCCAAGUUUAAUACCAGUUUAAGUACAAGUCCAUGUCCUAGUCCAAGACCAAGUCAAGAAUCAGGGUUUGUGAGUGAACUGGACUCUGAAAGGGAAAUUGAGGAAGAAACCGUUACUCUUAGUAUCGAAGAUGUUGUAUUGCAACUUAAGUAUGGUAAUGAUGAAGAGUUUAGGCUUGCACUCUGGGGAUUGCGUGAUUUUAUUAAGGAUCAUUCUAUUGAUAAUGAGUGGAUUAAUAAUGAAGGAGUUAUUCCAAUUCUGUUUAAUCGGUUAGGUUCAAGCAAGCCUCACAACCGGUUGACUAUCAUUCAAAUGCUAAGAAUCCUUGCUUCUGUUAAUACUGAAAACAAGGAAAAGAUGGCCGAUGUUGAAUCUUUAUCAUUAUUGGUGAAAUCUUUGACACGAGAUGUGGAUGAACGGAGGGAAGCUGUAGGGCUUUUAUUGGAACUCUCAGAGGUUUCUGCAGUCCAGCGACGUAUUGGAAGAAUUCAAGGCUGUAUUGUUAUGCUAGUUACUAUGCUUAAUGGGGAUGAUUCAACUGCUUGUCACGAUGCUGGAAAGUUGUUGAUUGCAUUGUCAAACAAUACUCAAAAUGCACUUCAUAUGGCUGAGGCUGGUUACUUUAAGCCUUUAGUGCAUUACCUAAAGGAAGGCUCUGACAUGAGUAAGAUCCUCAUGGCAACAGCAAUUUCAAGAAUUGAACUCACAGAUCAAAGUAGAGCUUCCCUUGGUGAAGAUGGGGCAAUUGAACCUCUAGUCAAAAUGUUUAAAACUGGAAAGCUUGAAGCCAAGUUAUCUGCACUAAAUGCAUUGCAAAAUUUAUCAAUGUUGACAGAAAACAUACAGCGUCUAAUCAGUUCAGGCAUUGUAGUACCCUUGCUUCAGCUGCUAUUCUCUGUCACAUCAGUGCUUAUGACUCUUCGGGAGCCGGCAUCAGCCAUACUUGCAAGGAUAGCUCAAUCAGAAUCUGUUCUGUUUAACAAAGAUGUUGCCCAGCAGAUGCUCUCACUUUUGAAUCUGUCUAGUCCAGUAAUUCAAUUUCACGUCUUGCAAGCACUCAAUAGUAUUGCUUCCCAUUCUAGGGCAUCCAAAAUAAGAAAAAAGAUGAAGGAAAAUGGUGCUGUUCAGCUUCUCUUGCCCUUCCUGACGGAGAGUAAUCUAAAAAACAGAACUGCUGCCUUAAAUUUGCUUUACACUCUUUCUAAAGAUUCACCAGAAGAAUUUAUGGAACCGCUUGGAGAAUAUCAUCUUAAUAACAUUGUAAAUAUUAUCUCUUCGUCAACAUCUGAGGGUGAAAAAGCUGCUGCAAUUGGAAUACUGAGCAAUCUUCCCAUUAGUAAUAAGAAAGCAACAUAUGUGCUUAAGAAAUCUAACUUGCUGCCCAUUCUGAUAUCAAUAGUGAGUUCAAGUGAAUCAACUUCAACGCCCUCAACAAGUUGGUUAAUGGAGAGCACUGCAGGCUUAUUUAUUCGCUUUACAGUUCCUUCUGAUAAGAAACUACAGCUUCUUUCUGCAGAAUUAGGAAUGAUUCCUUUGCUUGUGAAGUUGCUGUCAAGUGGGUCAUUGGUUGCCAAAUGUAGAGCUGCAACCUCACUAGCUCAACUGUCACAGAAUUCACUAGCUCUAAGAAAGUCCAGAAAAUCGAGGUGGACCUGUAUACCUCAUUCAGCAGAGGCUUUUUGCAGAGUUCAUGACGGCUAUUGCAUUGUUAAGAACACAUUUUGUUUGGUCAAGGCUGGUGCUAUCUCUCCACUGAUCAAAAUAUUGGAAGGUGAAGAAAGAGAAGCUGAUGAAGCCGUGCUUGAUGCACUUGCAACUCUCUUGCAAGAUGAAAUUUGGGAAAAUGGAAGCAACUACUUAGCCAGAAUGUCAGUUUUCCAAGCAAUACUAAAAGUUUUGGAGUCAGGUAAUGUAAAGGCUCAAGAAAAGGCACUAUGGAUAUUAGAGAGGAUGUUUAGUAUUGAGGAACACAGAACACAACACGGCGAAGCGGCUCAGAUGGUGCUCAUUGAUCUUGCGCAAAAUGGUGAUCCGAGAUUAAAAUCAUCAGUUGCAAAAGUUUUGGCACAGCUAGAGCUCCUGCAACCUCAAUCUAGUUACUUCUAAGAGAAUUUGUGUCAUAUAAGCAAUGUUGAAUUGAAGUUUGUAUUUCCCAGUGCAGAAAGAAUCAAUCGUGGUGGUCGGGUUAUUUCUGAAAUUAUUGAAAGUUGCUGCACACAUGAUUAUACAGAUAUCAUUUUGUUUCAAGAGCAUCAUGGUGUGCCUGAUGGUUUAAUUAUAAGCCAUUUGCCUUUUGGUCCAACUGCUUACUUUGGAUUGCUCAAUGUCGUAAGUAUUCUCUUUAUUGUUGUAUUAUAUUUUAGGCCUUUGAUUUAGCUUAGUUGUUCAGUCCGUUAAUAUGCUAAUCAAGCGUUUAAUUGUAUGUUACUAUGCAUGGACCAAAAAGCCAUGGGAGCAAUGCUUGAGGCUUACCCACAUUUGAUUCUUAAAAAUUUUAAAACCAAGGUGUUCACUUCUCAAGUACUGAAUAUUUAUAUAACAGUUGCAGUAUUUAAAUUCCCUGUGGACAAUUAGCAGUCAUUUGAAUCAGUUUAGCUUUUUAAGCAGCAAAAGAAUUGUAUAAUAAUGAUUCGCAGAGUAAAUUUGGAUUUCCUUAUGGACAAUUAGCAGUGCAGCUAGGCACUAAACGCAUUAUCACUUUUGCAAAUCAGUCUGACUAUAUCUCUUUCAGGUUGGAUCAUUGUCUCAAUCCUUGAGGGAUACUUCCAUCUGUUAUUAUCCAAUUAGUUUAAUUUACCUUUUCAAAUACAAUUUCACCAAUGAUUCAGUUAUUAUGGAUGAAGUUCAUAAAAAUAAAAAAAGUUAUAGUGGAUGUAUUAAUGACGACUUUAAUGCAGGUCUCUUAUAUGUUUUUAUGUGAGGUUUGUAUAUGCCGAUCCUCUCUUAAGAAAAAUUUCUUCUUCUCUCAAAAUAUUUGUUCUUAAUUGACCUUGAAUGGUGCACAUCCCAUUUCUGAAGUAGCUGGUCCACUAAAAGGUUUGAGACUGUUGGCAUUAGUCAAACCUAUUCAUUAAUUGUUUCUGCUUUCAUGCCACUUUGCUUGUUUUAAAAUUUGCAUAAACAGAUCCACCUGUGCUUUGUGCUGUUUGAGAUGGCCUUCUAGCUCAGUGCUGAGGCUUUAGUUCAUGGCAAUUCAGGUUUUUGUUCAGCGUUGCCUAACAGGGCCUUGACAGAAAUUUUUCAGAGUUGGGACUCAAAGUCAGCUCAUUUGCUUGGCAAAAGGCAAAAGAACUGAGGCCAAGUUGAGGAAUACAACUUGAGAUCUGUAUUCCUCAAUUUGAUUUAGCAUUAAAAAGCUCAUGGUGCUUGAGAUUUAUCAUCUCUCUUAUUAUAAAUUGAGGAAAAUUUAAUCUUAUUUGUAUUUUUCUCUAGUACUCGCUUGUGAUGCUUGUAAUAUGCAGACGUCUUAUUUAUGAAAAGCAUGGAGCUCCUAAGUGUAUCGAACUUUGAAAUGCUGCUUUAUCAGGCAACUAUUAGUUCACUUUUCAUAAUUGCCACUAAAUUAUAUUAAAAUUUUAAAAUUUCUGUUUUUAGCUUUAUUUUCAAAAAAAAUGUUGUUUUGACAAUGGUUUAGUAUUAUGUACUGAUUUUGUUUGGCUCGUCUUUCCUGUUUUUGUUAUGCAGAUGAAGUUGAGAAGAAUGGAUCAGAGCGAAAUCCAAAUUGAGAGGGUGAAUUGACCAUACAUCAACACAUCUAAAAAACAGAAGUUUAUUAGGGACUGAUAGACACAACCUCAAAUUUAACCUUCAACCUUUUAUCUUUGUUUCUUUAUGUAUUUUGGAAAAUUUUGCCAAAUAUUCUUUGAAAUCUUGUUGCUCUUUAGUCCUUAUCAAUCUUAUGGUGGUACCACGUUGAAUA